AUGAUUAAAACAAGUAUAAUUUUACUAUAUGUUAUUUCAUCUUACUUAAUGAUCGGAAUCGUUAGUAGUUCACCACCUGUCACAACGUCUUCAAAUACAAAUUCAACUGUUGCCAUACCACAUUUUCCUAUUACUCUUACAUUUUCUCAUGUAUCAAAUGUUUUUGGAAUUUGUUUAUGGAUUCUCCUAGGAAUUUUAGCAAAAAUUGUUUUUCAUUUAUCACCUGGUUUAACAGAAAAAUUUCCCGAAAACUGUAUGCUAAUAAUAUUAGGGUUAAUUGUCGGUAUUCUAUUAUUUGUCACUCAUCUUGAACAGGAAAAACGAAUCUAUAUUUUGAAUUCGGAUACAUUUUUUCUCUUUUUAUUACCGCCAAUUGUUCUUGAAACGGGUUACUUCAUGCCAAAAAGGGCAUUCUUUGAUAAUAUUGGUACAAUUCUACUGUUAGCUGUUUUAAAUAAGUUAUUCAACACAAUGUGUAUCGGUUUAACAUUAUGGGGUUUUGCUCACACGUCUUUAUUUGGUGGAACACCAUUUAACUUAUUAGAAUGUUUAUUAUUCGCAUCUUUCAUAACGGCUGUUGAUCCCAUAGCUGUUCUGGCUACUUUUGUUGAAAUUCGUGUUAAUGAUACAUUGUACAUAGUCGUUUUUGGUGAAUCAUUGCUAAAUGAUGCUGUGUCUAUCGUUUUGUAUCGUAUGUUUGAAAACUUUUUAAAAAUUGGUCAAAAACAAUUAGUACCAAUGGAUUUUUUUUUGGGAUUUCUCUCGUUUUUUGUUGUUACAAUUGGUGGUACAUUGAUCGGUCUAGUAUUUGGAUUUAUUGCGUGUUUUACGACAAAAUUUACUAUACGUACACCUGUCCUUGAACCUUUGGUUGUCUUUGUUUACGCCUAUAUUGCUUAUUUAACAGCCGAAAUGUUAGGUCUAUCGGGAAUAUUAGCAAUCACCGUCUGUGGUAUGAUGAUGAAACAGUAUAUCGAAUAUAAUAUAACAAAAAAAUCAAUGGCAACAAUUGAAUAUGUUUUGAAAAUGUCUAGUACAAUAAUGGAAACGAUCAUAUUCAUGUUUAUGGGUUUAACAACUGUGUCUGAAGAACAAUCGUGGAAUACGGGAUUUGUCAUUGUAACAGUUAUUGCCUGUUUACUCUUCAGAGCUAUUGGUGUUGCCUUUUUUGCAAAUGUUGCAAAUUUAUGGCGUCUGCUGGCGUUAACUCGUAUAGACAUGUUGAUAAUGAGCUACGGUGGCCUACGUGGUGCAUUGGCAUUUGCACUAGCUCUCGUUUUGGAUGAAAAUACCACGAAUCGAAAACGUGAAUUUAUUACAGCUGCUAUAGUUGUCGUCUUUUUCACCGUUUUUAUCCAGGGCACUACUCUUGGACGACUAGUCAAACUGUUAAAUGUUCGUCAAAAACAAAAUGAAGAACCAACUAUGAGUGCAACAUUAACGAAUCGACUGAUGGAUCAUGUCAUGACAUGUCUUGAAUCUGUCUCCGGCGUAACAGGAACGAAUUCUUUACGAGAUAAAUUUCAUAAAAUUGAUCACAAUUAUUUUAAAAAAUGGUUAUUACGUGAACAACCUCAAGAAAAAUUAGACAUUCGAUUAUGGCAAACAUUUCGAAAUAUUGAUUUGCAAAGUGCGAUUAAAAUGCAUGAUCAACCGAAUGCAAUUCGAAAAGCUGCCAAUGACGUACUAGUGCAAUCCGAUAAAAAUGCGCGAAAUCCAUCAAUUGUUGUUAUUCCACCAUCAUCAAUGAAUUUACCCAUUUCAAUUAGUCCGGAUGACAUUUAUAUUGAUAAUCCACCGACUGAGAAAAUGAAUGUGAAAGAUUUACUCAGUCAUCAUAUGCCAUAUGCGCGCAGAAGAGCUACGAUCCAUGCUAAGAGUCAAGAUGAAGCGGUUGACUCGCUAGUUAAUUUUCAAAAUCAGUUACGACAAUUGAAUCGGAUGCAGUCGCUUUCGCCACAUAGUAGUGAACCAGAAUCUUUAUCGAGUACACGACGUUCAUCUAAAGCAGAGGGCAACACAUCACCAAACCUGUUGUCAAACUGGAACAGUACGUCACGUAAAGAUUCAUCCCGUAGCGGACUAUUGGCUAAUGUACCUGAAGUAGACGAAAAACAAAAAAGUCAUCGUCAGUCUCAUACUCGUCCAUUGGAUGAUCAACAUGUUCGUUCACGGCCAUUAACGGAUAAUACAUUGCAGGUUCAGGAUUGGUCGCCAUCUCGUACAAGGUUUUGA